UCGCCGAAGAAGAAGAAGAACAACACGUGUUUCCUGUGUUUCCUCCUCGGCCUGCGUGUGAAGCGACCGGUCUUGUAAAGCCAACAAAGUGUGUAAAAAUGGUUCGUAAAUUAAAGUAUCAUGAGCAGAAGCUGUUGAAGAAAGUGGACUUUAUUAACUGGGAGGUGGACAACAACCUGCACGAGGUCAAAGUCCUGCGGAGGUAUCGCAUCGAGAAGAGGGAGGACUACACCAAGUACAACAAGCUGAGUCGUAACAUCAGAGAUCUGGCCCAGAAAAUCAGAGACCUGGACGAGAAAGAUGGUUUCAGGGCUCAGAGCACACAUCACCUGCUGGAGAAACUGUACAGCAUUGGCCUCAUCCCCACCAGACAGAAUCUCUCCCUCACUGAGAAAGUCACAGCUUCGUCAUUCUGCAGGAGGAGGCUGCCCAGCAUCAUGCUGAACCUUCGUAUGGCUCAGAACCUGAAGACAGCCAUCACCUUCAUUGAACAAGGACAUGUGCGUGUUGGCCCAGACAUCAUCACUGACCCAGCAUUUUUAGUCACAAGAAACAUGGAAGAUUUUGUCACUUGGGUGGACUCCUCCAAGAUCAAGCAGCACGUCAUGAAUUAUAAUGAUGAGAGAGACGACUUUGAUCUGGUGGCCUGAGUCUGUUGUCUAAUGUCCAUGUGUCAUGCUGGAGGACAGGAGAGGGACAAGAACUCCGCACUUCAGUCAGAGAAGAGGAGAGAAAGUAAGUGCUCCAGUCUCCUCGGGAGUCAUUACUUAUCUGAGCAAGGACAGAAGGGAGUUCACUUCCGGGCUUUACAUUGUUCACUGAACACUCUUUUGAUGUUGUGAAAAUUUGCAACUGUAGUCUGACAGACUGAUACUUCAUCGUCCACCCAAUCCUCCGAAAUGUCUCUGAUUCUGGAAGUGACGUGAUUGAUCCGAGUCUAUGUUGGUGCCUGUUGAUGUCACAUUUUGACUCGUCGCUCUAAACCUGCUCAGCUGCCAGUGGAAUAAGAGAAUAGUCUCAGUUUCUACCUCUUCAUUUUCUUUUCUUCAGCAAAGCCAAAUGUCACACUGCUUAUACAGAGCAGCUUCCAGAGAUGUGUAAGUGUGACUGUUCCUUCUCCUGAAACUCCAUGUUGUUUGCUCUGCAUAAUGUGUUCU